AUGGAGUUGCCAAAAGGAUCCGAUGUCGUAUCCAUCGGAAGGCAUGGCGAAAGCUUCUGGGCGCAAACAGGUCGCAUUGAUAUUCUGCUCCAAGAUGGAACCCCGAGAUCCUUCUUCAUAAAGAUCCACCCAAACGAGCAGGGCAAGAAUAUGACAAGGAGUGAAUUCCAGUCAAUGAGCGCAAUAUGUCAACUUACCCCGGAAUUUGUGCCAACGCCUAUCGCUUGCGGCACCCUCACAGCCGUGCCGGAUACCCACUUCUUUCUCUGCGAUUUCCGAGAUAUGAAGACCGAAAUGCCUGACCCGCAUCAAUUUGGAGCCCUUCUAUCGGCAAUGCACGAGAGAAGCAUAUCGCCUAAUGGGAAAUUUGGCUUCCAUACAACAACCUAUGCAGGUAACUUACCACAAUAUGUGGAGUGGGAAGAUAGCUGGGAGACAUUCUUUGCCAAGAGUAUGAGACAUGCACUUGACCUAGAGAUUGAAAGGAAAGGACAGAGCCAAGAACUGGAAGACCUGUGUCAUUUUCUGUUUGAGAAAGUAAUUCCCAGACUCCUACGGCCUCUCGAGAGUGAUGGUCGAAAAGUGAAGCCUUCACUUGUUCAUGGCGACCUAUGGCACGCAAAUUCUGGGGUUGAUAGCAAGUCCAACCAACCUCUUGUUUUCGAUGCGUGUUGUUUUUAUGCACAUAACGAAUAUGAAUUUGGUCAGUGGCGGCCAGCAUGCAAUAAGUUUGGCAAUGAAUAUGUCACUGCCUACAACAAAUUGAGUCCAAUUUCACCUCCACAGGAAGACUUCGAAGGUCGUCUGGACCUCUAUAGGCUGUAA